AUGUUUUUACAUCGUUAUUAAGCAAAAACUUUCAAAUUAUAUUGAGUACAACUUGAUAAGUUUGCAGAGAUGACCCACUGAUUUCUUUAUUUUUAACAAACUUUUCUUGGGCUCCAUUUUUUAAAAUUUCAGUAUGAUGCUGGCAGUUUUUCUUCUCGGUCUCAAUCCUACAUUUCUGCUACUUAAAUAUUCAUCCGGGAUGAAACUCCUCAUCCAGCGUUUCUCCGUCUCGCAAAACAUGAAAUUACAGAAAUUGAUGCAGAUGACAAGUGAUCUAUCUGCAUUAUAUAAAGGUAUGGAUGAAUCCUGUUGGAUUCAGUCUUUGUAGUUCCAAAUAUCAUUGGCGCAUGCGCAGUGGCGCUGGGAGCGCACACCUCCAGAGACUCCUGCGUGAUCUCAGAGUUGCCCGGACCUGUGGAAGAAUGGCGGCUCGGACUGCGCUCGUCUGUCUCUGCGCUUUCUUUGCGCUCUUUCCGUCUCCUCGUGGAUCUCCGACCACCGGCAGCAGGAGAACCAAUCAGGACCGCUGCGCUGUCAAGGUCCAGGCUGGAGCAGAUGGAAGUCGCAGGCUCGCCGUCACUUUCAAAACCGACAACUGCUCUUUAAACUACCCACUGGGGAAACAUGUGAUCCACGAAGUCUCCAACAUCUCCUUCAUUCAUCUGGCCUGUGAGGAUCAAGCCGCCGUGGUCGUCCACUGGUCUGCCAGCCCUCUAGGAAUCGAACAUGUGAGGGGCUUCAGAGUCUACCUGGAGGACAAGAACCCGGAGGGGAAACAGUGCCAGCACCUGGUCCUCAAAGACCCCCGCCAGCUCAACUACUCCUACAGGAACACGAAGAUGAGCAGUCAGCCCUUCAGCGGACUGACCUUCGACACAGACUACAUGGUCCGCGUUGUUCCCUUUCCUUCACUGAUGAAUGAGAGUUACUUCGCUCCGUCCUUCCUCCGGACCAACUCGUGUGAAUUUCUUCUGGGAUCAGAAAACCUGGUCUGCAAACCAUUCUGGAAGCCAAAGACUCUGAACGUGUCUCAGCUCGGAUCAAACCUUCAUGUGGUCUUUGAUCAGGCUCCGCCCUCCUUCGGCUUCAGCUUCUACUUCCUGUACUUCAAACUGCGGCACAGCAGCCUGCUCAGGCUCCAACGCUGCAAACCGGACUCUAACCAGGUCAGGACGACCUGCUUCCUGCAGGACGUCACGCCAGGAACCUACACGAUCGAGCUGAGAGACGAUUCAAACACCAGUAGGAGACAAACGCAGUACCACGUCAGCCAGGUCCACUCCCCCUGGGCGGGGCCAAUCCGUGCCAUGGCCAUCACUGUGCCGCUGGUCAUCAUGUCUGCAUUUGCCACCCUCUUCACUGUAAUGUGUCGCAAGAAGCAGCAAGAAAACAUUUACAGUCACCUGGAUGAGGAGAGCAGUGAGUCAUCCAAUCAAAGUGCAGCCCUUAACAGUGAGCGGCCGUGGCCCCGCCCCAAAGUCUUCAUCUGCUACUCCAGCAGGGACUGUUCUAAACACACCAGCGUUAUCCAGAGCUUCGCCUACUUCCUCCAGGACUUCUGCGGCUGUGAGGUGGUGCUGGACCUGUGGGAGCACCUGGAGAUGUGCAAAGAAGGUCAGAUGUCCUGGCUGAGCAGGCAGCUGGAUGAAGCUAACUUCAUCAUCACCGUGUGCUCCAAAGGUUUAAGGUAUUAUGUGGAGAAGAAGAGUCGCAAAGGGAAGACCCCUGUCUGUCGUCGUGGUAACAGCAGCAGCUCUCCCGUGGGGGGAUCACAUGGAGAUCUUUUUAUUGCGGCUGUGGCGAUGAUCGCAGAGAAGCUGCGGCAGGUGAAGCAGUCGGAGGAGAGCGGGGACCAGGAUCUGAACCGCUACAUGACGGUGUAUUUUGAUUACUCUGCAGAAAGCGACAUCCCCACCAUGCUGAGUCUGGCUCCCAGGCUGAAGAUGAUGGACCAGCUGCCUCAGCUUAUAAGUCGGCUCCAUUCCAGUCAGGCUGGUCUCCCUGACCACGACCCACUGCCUUUGAACGUCUCCAGGAGGAACUACUUCAGGAGCAAGUCCGGACGCUCGCUCUACGUGUCCAUCUGCAACAUGCACCAGCUCAUCAGCCAGAAUCCUGACUGGUUUGAGGCACAGCUGGCGCCUGCAGCACGCUCCUCCUCUGAAGUCUCCUCAAAACAGGCUGGCCCCGCCCCUCCGUCGGGUCCAAGCUCCUCCCCAAAGCCUGGCUGCUCCUCGUCACUUCCGCCAGAGAAAAUGCUGAACUCUGGCUUGAUUCUGAAUGAAGUGGCUGUUAGGGUGCCGCUGCUUGAGAGAGUGGAUGGUGUCCCAAAGAGGUCCGAGCUGUUGCUGGCCCCCAGCAUCAGCCCAAGUCCAAGUCCUGGACCAUGUCCGAGUCCCGAGGCGUCCCACUGCUCUUCUUCAGGAUCCAUCAACCAAAGAUCUGGACUUCCUGCCGAAGAGUCCUGCUGCUCUUCUUUCGCCUCAGCUCCUCCCAUUUCCCAGGAUGAGGGGUGCACUGUCCCCUCCCUGGUAGAAGAGGACCACCACUCUGCUCUGGAGGCCCCGCCUCCUCGCGAUUCAGGGAUUUACGAGUCCUCUGUCCCAUCAUCAGAGCUUUCCAUCCCGCAGAUGGAGGGAUUGUCCCAUGACCAGGCAGACUGUUCCUCCCUGGCAGACAGUGAGUCAUCUUCAUCUGGGCUUGGUGACGAGGAGUUGCCUGCCGUCGCAUUGCUCCACUGCAGCACUGGCACCGUUUGCAAAGCUGAGUUGCACCACCACCAUCAUCCUCAUCAUCAUCACCUGGAGCAGAACGACACACUCACUCGUGCUGCUUCACUGUAGGGGGGUGCCAACCUGCAGUUGACGAGUGAAGCUGUCACCUGGUGGUGUUUGUGCAAACUCUGGGAUUUGGCCUCCAGGUGGCUUGCGGAAUUGUGGAAACUUAGGUCCUUGAAGUGCUGCUUUGUGGGUGGUAACCACGGGUUGUUAAGCUGUAAUCGUUGUUGCAGCCUUACCCAGGAAGUCCUCUGUUGCCAUGGUAACCACGUGCCUGGUCAGACCCUCACCUUUUGGUGUCUUGGUGUCUUGUAACCACAAUAAUCACUAGAACGUUUUGGUAACCGUGGAAACUGCAGCGUCCAGAGCUCCCAUCAGCUUUGAUGCUCUGAUGAUGCAGAGGCUGGUGGAGCUCCAGCCGCCAUGUUCUCUGUCUGCAUCAGCUCUGUUCAAACUUUACAUGGAUGUGAGAGCGUUGUGACAUCGUCUGUGUUUUUCUGACCUUAAUAGCUAGGAAGUACUUACUGUUUUUUUUCAAACCUGCAAUCCCAAAUAUUUUGAGUUUAAAGGGAAAGUUUCCAUCUAAACUGACGCCAUAUUUAACAGGUUUUUCCUCUGUUUAGGGUUGAGACAAUAACUGGAUGAACACGGUUAUCAUGAGACAAAAUUGAACUGCAGACGUUACCAAAACCUGAUAAUGUGAUUCAACAUGAUGGAGGAGUGUAUCUAUGUACAUAGAAAGUAGUUUUAUUUUUAUGCAAGUUUGCUUGAAGUCCAGACCUUUAAAUUCCAGAUGGCCAGUGUCCCUCUUGCUAUGUCUAAGUUUGCAUUUUUAAGAAUUAUGUCACAUGUAAAGAGACGUUCAUCAAAAAUCUUUAAAACUCUUUUUUUUAUUUGCACAAAACAUUUUAACCACAGCUUUCACCUCCUGACAAACUCCAGAAAACUGUUUAAAUGUAAUAAUGUUUGUGUUUUUAAGCAUUUUUACAGGUAUAACAUGACAGAACUGUUAAAUUAUUGAACAGCCAUUUGCACCCAUUGUAACCAAAGAACUCAUUUAGUCCUUUUAACUCUUUAAAGUCUCAUUUUUGACUGAAUAUAUUUUUAUCUGUGAUUCUUCAGGAAAAAUGUUGCUUCCAACCUUUAAAUAUUGUUACAUGAAAGGUUUCCGUUCUGUAUAGUGAGCUGAUCAUUUUUUUAUUUUAAUUAUCUUUAGAUACAAACUCUUUUAUUUUAUUACAAUAAUUUAGAAAAUGAAUAAAUCUAUUUCAUUAAAGCUUUUUCCCUGUCUGGGUGGAAUUGA